UAAAGCAAGAAAAUCCACAACGUUUUUCCCUCCGUUUUGAAUUUCAAUUGGAAUGAUAAAUUGUGCAUUCAAUUUGUUACAACAACAGCAACAAGCAUUACAGCAAAAACGGCAGCAGCAACAGCAACAAAAUGGAUGGCGAAAAUCGCAUAAUAUUAAAUGUGGGAGGUAUAAGGUAUGAGACGUAUAAAGCAACGCUAAAGAAAAUACCCGCCACUCGAUUAUCACGUUUAACUGAGGCCUUAGCCAAUUACGAUCCAGUGCUGAAUGAAUAUUUCUUUGAUCGGCAUCCGGGAGUUUUUACUCAAAUUUUAAAUUAUUACAGAACUGGUAAACUGCACUAUCCUACCGAUGUUUGUGGUCCUUUGUUUGAGGAAGAGUUAGAGUUUUGGGGUUUAGAUUCUAAUCAAGUUGAGCCCUGUUGCUGGUCCACCUAUAGUAUACACAGAGAUACUCAGAAUACUUUAGCCAUAUUGGAUAAAUUAGAUAUUGAUAAUGAAAAACCAUCAGAAGAGCAAGUGGCCCGUUUGUUUGGUUUCGAGGAUUCCAUAAAUAAGGGUCGCUUAAAUUGCUGGCAGCGUAUAAAACCGAAAAUAUGGGCUUUAUUUGAUGAACCAUCAAGUUCGACGGGAGCAAAGGUGGUUGCCAGUAUGUCUGUAUUUUUCAUAUUCGUUUCUGUGAUAUCUUUCUGCCUGAAAACACAUCCGGGUUUUCGCGUAGACUUUACACCCACCAAUAGCCAACAGCAACAACAACAAAUAUCAACUAGCAUACCGACCAUACCUCAGCAUACAAGUAAUAUGCCGCCGCCCACAAUGGAUGCAUCCACCGCCGCCACAGCCUCCCAUAAUAGCCAACGCCACACAUUACUACAGCCCACAUUCAAGGUCAUCAACUAUACCAGCACCCACAGUGGUGGUAAUGGUAAUUUUAGUUCGGGUCUAGUGACACCCAUAGCCACCUUUAGCCUGGAAAAGACAGGACGACGUGCUGGUGAAAGAACGCGUCGUCAAUCUGCAGAUGUAGACGGUGUUAGUGAUAAUAGAGUCGGCGUUGGCCAUGGCAAUGAUAAUGGUGUUGAUGAUACCCACAUACACGGUUGGCAUCAAUCGUUUGGCCAGCCACAUGAGGCAUUUUUCUAUGUGGAAUUGGUGUGUAAUGUGUGGUUCUUCUUUGAGGUCAUCAUACGUUUCAUUGUUUCGCCAAAUUUGUGGCAGUUUGUUAAAUCUCCCGUCAACAUUAUUGACUUUGUGGCCACCUUAAGUUUCUACACAGAUGUCAUGCAACGGAUGGGCGAGUACACCGGUCUGUGGGAGGCCUUCUCAAUUGUACGGAUUAUGCGUCUGUUUAAAUUGACCCGUCAUUCGCCCGGCUUACGGAUCCUAAUACACACAUUUAAGGCCUCGGCCAAAGAGUUGACGCUGUUGGUGUUCUUCUUGGUUUUGGGUAUUGUGUUCUUUGCCAGCCUGGCGUAUUAUGCGGAAAAGCUUCAGGAUAAUCCGGAAAAUCAAUUUAAAAGUAUCCCUUUAGGUUUGUGGUGGGCCAUUGUAACAAUGACUACCGUGGGCUAUGGUGAUGUGGCACCUAAAACUUAUCCCGGCAUGUUUGUGGGUGCCCUAUGUGCUUUGGCUGGUGUGUUGACAAUAGCUCUACCCGUACCUGUAAUCGUUAGCAACUUUUCCAUGUUUUAUUCACAUACCCAGGCUCGCUCAAAACUACCCAAACAACGACGUCGUGUUCUUCCCGUAGAACAACCGCGUCGCAAACGUGAACCAGUUCCUCCAACCAGAGGUCGUACACAUGCCUAUAAACAAACCUCGCUGGCACCGGGAGUUGUGGCCACUGGACAUCCACAUCCGCAUCACAAUCCAAUGCUGAAGGAAGCCUUUGCCACAGCGAAAAUCGCGGACUUUUUAAGUGUACCGGCAAUGCAGAGCCUACAGCCAAGAGCUGCUACCACAGGCAAUGAUUAUCUGAUGCCAUUGCAACCGAAAUUGCUUGCAUCAUUGGAACAAAAGGACCACCUUCAUCAUCAUACCGCGCAACAACAUCCGCUGGAACACAAAGACAAUAUCGAACAACAGCAUCAACAACAUUUACAACAAGGCCUGCGGCACCGAUCCAAUAUCCGAACAAUGCUGAAUGUUCCACCCACGGUUAGUGUGGUGAAUACACAAAUGCCACCAGGAAAUGGUCAUCACAACGGUGAUCAUGCGAUGAUGAUGGCGGGUGAUGGAGAUUCUCAGAAAAAUAUCACAAUCAGUCCUAGCAAAAUGAUUCCUACAACACAAACACUGCCUAUGCAACAACAACAACAACUACACCAACAACAAAUCAAUCAGCAACACAGCACCAAUGGCAUCUCACCUCAGCACAUGUGUUAUACGAAUUUUCAACCCAAGGUGACAUUGGUAAAUGAUACCGGCAAUAGGGUAGGCGACGAAGAUGAUGACGACGACGAUGAUGCAGAUAAUGAUCGUGAUCAUGAGGUGGAGGCUUUAUGUGGUGGUAGCUGUGAUGCAUAUCGAGGAAAUCAACAACAUCACGAUUUAACUACACAAACAACAACUAGAAACCAAGAAGAUCAUUGUAAUGAGGCCAACAUUGGCGAAAGGGAUCAUUUGACUGAAUAA